UUGGCUAAUUAAACAGUGCUUUAGUUAAAUACGUACUUUUUUUUAUAGUACUUGUGUCAACUAAUUGUAAACAACCGUAAACGAUGGCGUCAUUAUCGCGUUAAUCGUUCCAAUUUGGCAAAAGCUGACGCAACUCAGAUAUUUGUUUUUCUGUUUGAAAUGCUGAACACUGACGAGAAAGGUGAGUCGUUAAUAAUUGGAAUAAUAAUUGUCUUUAAAAAUACUAAUUGGUUAUUAGACGCGGAGGUUGUACAGCCUCAUCAUCCGAUUAUGUGCACCACGUGGCAGUGACACAAUCCGUAGCUAAUUUUUCAGAUCGAUCGAUUGAUUGAUUAGUCUCGCUCCCUGGCCUUGUGAUGGCCAGCUGAGUCACUGCUUGAUGGCUUGUUCGUGUCGAAACGGGAACCACAAAGUGCAGUCAGUUAAUAGAGGAAUUGCGUGCGAAUGCCGGGGAAUUAAUGGCGUUCAAUUGUUGACAUUUAAAAUGUGAGACUUGACGCUGGGAUGGUUCGAAUCGAUCAAGAAAUGUGUACGGAAGAGGUUGAGUCAUAGACGCACUGUGCAGCAUGUGAAUUUAAACAACUUCUGUCUCCUCUCUACGUACGCCAACAUGAUCUCAGCUAUGACCAUGAGCCAUGAAGAUGAGUUUGUUGCCGUGCGGGUUCAAGAUCCCCGGAUGCAGAACGAAGGCUUGUGGAAUUCCUAUGUGGAUUACAAGAUCUUCCUCCAUACCAAUAGUAAGGCAUUCACUGCCAAGACAUCGUGUGUGCGACGGCGCUACAGCGAGUUCGUGUGGCUGAAGAAAAAGCUGCAGAAGAACGCUGGCUUGGUGCCCGUUCCAGAACUUCCUGGAAAGUCCUUCUUCUCCUUCAGCAACGAGGACUUCCUGGAACGUAGGCGUCAAGGACUUCAAGUGUUCCUGGACACGGUGGUGAACAUGACCGUGUGUCUGUCAGACAGCCAGCUUCACCUGUUCCUGCAGACGCAGCUGCCCGUCGGCCACAUCCUGGACUGCGUGCAAGGCCACACCCCCUACACUGUGAUGGACGCCAUCCUGACCUACGCCUCGUCCAAUCAGGGCUGGGCUCAGGCUCAGGAGGAGGACACGGCCGCCAAGGAGCCAAGUCUAACAGUGUCUUAUGAGUCCAUGGAGAGCCCGGCCCCUCAUCAGCCUCACCCUCACAACAAAGAUGGCGUCAGCCUGGCGCUGUUCUCGUCUGACGCCGACGACAUACUUGAACCUUGCGACUUGACCGCCCGUGACAAAGCCACGUCGGCCGUCUUCUACCUGGGGGACAGCCAGGAUGAGCGGACGCUGACCGAAGUCACCACGCCAGGGAGCGGUCGCAUGGAGACCCCUGUGGAGGUCCACGUUCCUGGGGGUGCGGGCAUUGAGGAGGUGCACCACAGAGGUUCAGCUCCUCAGGUUACUGGUUCUGAGGUGGAGGAGGAACUUGUGUCUGAGGCAGUCGGAUCCAGACAGGAAGCGAUAAGCGAGCAGGACGCUGCAUCGCUGUCGUUGUCCAACGAGAGCAUCAUACAAGUCAGCGACGAAGAAGACGUCGUCAGCCAUGACCGUUUGUCACCGAACGGCUUUGUCAAGAUGGCUCCCGAGGACGACAACCACUGGUUGCAGGUGUCCAGUGGGACCAACGUCACCGUGGACCUCCAAGCGAACAGUUGUGGUGACCGGGAGCUUAGCAACUCUUUGGAUGUCAAUUUUGCAGAGAACGACUUCAGCGUGUUGGGGAGCACCUCCGCUCCCGAGUUAGCUCACGGGAAACACUCGGAUUUGCCAGACUGAAGAGGGCUUUUUUUUAUUAUUUAAAACCUUUACAUUUAUUUUAAUGCUUGACAGCAGACUACUCAGUUCUGAGUGGUAUCAUAAACAUAACCAUUUUUUGGGGGGGGAAAUAUACAACUUUUUCUCUAUAGUGAUUGAGCCCUGCUGCAAAUAGAGAAAAUUUGCAAGUUGUUGACCACCCCCCCAAAAAAAGUAUUACAAUUGUCUAUAGAUGCCAGAAAAUGGCAGCAAAGCAUUCUUCUAUUCGACAAGACGAUGGCCUGACUAAAUGAAGCUCUUCAACAUAGUUGUAUGGCACCAAAGCAAUAUUUUUAUGAAACAUAGCUUUGGACUGAGCACAUACAACGUUUGGGAAAUAUGACGUACAGAAAUAUCUAAACUUGUUUCAAAAAAAUUUUGACAAUACGUUGCUCAGUCGUGUAGGAGCUGAGUAUCUCUUUGAUUGUCAAUAUUGCCAACAACAAGUUCAGCAUUUGGGAGAGCAGCUCUUGUCCUGACUUAGGCCCCAGGACACAUUCAGAGUUGCCAGACUGAAGAGGAUAUAUUUUUUUUUAUUAAAGAAAAACUUAACAUUCAUUUUUAACGCUAGAUGGCAGGCUCGAGUUCUGAAUGGUGUCAUGUCUAUGUAGGGACUGCAGAGGGCGCUAAAGUUCUCUAGAAAACAAAAAAAACGGUUCACACAGAGAUACAAUGGUUGGCAAUCACAUUUUGACAAAGAAGCAUUUAUAUUCACACCUACUAACAAAUUCAAGUCGUCACUUUAUCUAACGUCCAUGGUUUUAUAAUGAGGGAGGAAGCCGAGUAUCUGGAGAAAACCGACGCAAGCAUGAGGAGAACAUGGAAACUUCACACAGGAAGGCCAGAGCCCAGAUUCAAACCCCAACGCUCUAUUGUGAGCCACUAGUUCACCGUGCUGUCUAAAAUUCAAAUCCAUGACAAACAUUUCCAAUGACACAAAGCUGCAAAUAAGAUGACUGACCUCCGCAAAAGUUUAAUUUCCACAUGUAAUUUCACGUCUUUUGCUUCCACCAAACUGUGAUUAAUCAUUUUUGUCACAUUAAAAAAAGGGACUGAGUUUAUUCGCUCAUUCUACAUUUAAAAUUAGGUUUUUAAUGAGCCUUUGUUUUUUUUUUUUAUGACCACUGAUGUUUUGCUGGAAUGUUUCUCAGUGAGAUUUACUGCUGAUUGUUGAUUUCACCAUGCAAAAUGUUAUUUUAUGAAUAAAAGUCUAUUAAUGGUAACAUCAACACUACCUUCAUCUUGUGGUUUAUUUAAAAUAAACACUCUGUUGUCUUCA